UGUGCUGUGAAGAUAGAGGCUCCUGAAUACCUCAACCUGGAUGAGAUCGACUUCUCUGAUGAUUCAGUGUAUUCUGUCACGUCUCUGAAGAGCAUCCCCGAGCUGUCCAGGAGGAGUGAUGGUCAGACCGAGGAGAGACUAGCUCCGGCCAUCAACUGGAGUCGUGGCGUUUCCUCCCAUAGUGGUGGGGGGAUCAAACCCACAGGGAUCGCAGAGGUUCACAGUAAGUUCCGGCCAGUGAAGAGGGUCUCACCUCUUAAACACCAACCAGAAACCACAGACUCAGACACCGAUGGUAAAGUCCAGGGUCAGGGGCUGGUUCUGGGGGAGCCGGCUGAGAAUAGUAAGGAUGACCCUGACAAACAGACUCACGCCUCCUCUGACGGGCAGGGAGUCAAGAGCCUGAGUGGCAGCGUUGGUGGUGUUGGAGGGAACAACAAUCCUCAGGCUUUGUUUGGGGAACUGGAGCACUGUGACCUGGACAUGGAUGAGAUCCUAGACGUACCUUAUAUCAAGUCCAGCCAGCAGAUGUCCACGCUGCCCCGUGUCCCCCACGACAAGCGUUCAGUGACAGGGAGCAACAUGGGCGGAGGCACGCUGGAGAGGAACCGGGGAGGAGGGCUGAAGAGCUCCGCUUUGCCCCAUAAUGAGCCUCUGAGUCUGGGCAGCAGCAGCUCACAGACUCUGUACUGCGUUCUCUCACCUGUAAAGUGGUCCGACCUGAGGAAGUCCAAGUCAAUGGAUCCAGACCUCCACCACCUCCACCGAUCCCCAGGUGGAGGAGGGGGCUACCAGCCUGAGAUGCUGUCUUCUGGCCUCCUGAGCUGCUCCUCCUCUCUCUCCUCUUUCUCUGAUGCAGACAAGCUGCUGUCUGCGCGGGUCUACCCAGACUCUCAGAGCCAGAGGCCCGGUGUGGACCCUCCAGGGGUCAGGUUCCCUCUGCCAGGGUGCAGUGUGAGCAGGCAGGACAGCUCCAAAGCCUGGGCUCCUGGAUCAGGAGAGGGAGAGGUGGGCCAAGGGGGUGGCGGAGCAGGAGGGGAGGUGGAUGAAAAAACCAAGAAGAACCAGAACAUCAUCAACAUUGUUAGAGAAGGACAGAUCUCAUUGCUGCCUCACCUGGCAGCUGAUAAUCUGGAGCUGAUCAGAGACGAGGACGGGAACAACCUGCUCCACAUCUCAGCCUCUCAGGGCCACGCCGACUGUCUGCAGCAUCUCACGUCUUUGAUGGGAGAGGAUUGUCUCAAUGAGCGCAACAGCCAGCAGCUCACCCCCGCUGGUCUGGGGGUCAAGAAUGGUUAUCUGGAGUGUGUGAGGUGGAUGGUGAGUGAGACAGAGGCCAUUGCUGAGCUGAGCUGCACCAGAGAGCAUCUCAGUUUGAUCCACUACGCCGCCCGCUAUGGACAGGAGAAGGUGUUGCUGUGGUUGCUUCAGUUCUUGCAGGAACAGGCCAUCUCUCUGGAUGAAGUUGACCAGAACGAAAACACUGCAGUCCACAUAGCAGCUCAGUACGGACACCUCAGCUGUAUACAGACUCUGGUGGAGUAUGGCUCCAAUGUGACGUUCCAGAACCAGCAGGGGGAGCGGCCUUCCCAGAGUGCCGAGCGGCAGGGACACACCACUUGCGCCCGCUACCUGGUUGUUGUGGAAACCUGCAUGUCGCUGGCUUCACAGGUUGUUAAACUCACCAAACAGCUCAAUGAGUAAGUUUCUACGUUGUCACAUUGUUUGAGUUUGAGGUGGUCAGAUCGCAGUCUGCAGUAACUCACUGAGUCACCGUUCUCACUCAGACGGUCUCUCUAAGGCUCCCUGUUGUCCUGCCGACUGUGUGAUCUCUGCAGCGGCUGACAUUUAAAAAUAUGUUCAUGGACUAAAUCUGUGUUCACAAGGAGACUUCCACAUAGAGCCGAACCCCUAUAACAGCCCCUCUGUUACAAAGCAGCCGAGCGCUGGCACCCACUCAGAUUUCUUUCUGCUUAUUUUGUAAUUAGUUUUAUAUUCUGGAUGCAGCUAUUAGGAACCAGCACCUUGCUUUGUGAUGCUUCGUUUAGCUGAAACCUGCAUCAGACACUGAGGGGCUGCUGAGGGGCUGUGGGUGCUCUGUGCCAGCUGUAAGAAAAGAAACCUGCAUUUCCAUUCCAAUACAAGCUUUUUAGUAGUAACAGCAGCUGUUCUAUAACAUGAGCAAACUAAAUUUACCUAGCCCUCAGACUUUAUAUAAAAUUCAUAUGAAUCUCACAUGAUUAAUUUUACAUAGGUAACCCACCAAUUUUCCAUCAUUUACCCACAAUCUCUCAGUCAGUUAAUAUCAUUAGUGUUUAUUGUAUGGUAUAAAUGAACUUGUUGUUUUUUAUUUAUAUAAAUUAAUCAUUCAGGGUGAAACAACAUUAGAAUAUGGUUGAAAAGUAAACAUUUUAUUAAAUCUGAACCAUCACAUGUCUCCAGUGUGUCUGUUUACUACAUUAGGAGUGAAGAAGAGAAUCACUGCUGUGGUCGUUUAUAUGAUUCAGCCUUUUUCUUAACUGCUUAUUCAGAUCAGGGUUGCUGGAGGGCUUGAGUCUGUCCAGGAUAUCUGAUUAUACUGGCUGGAUAUUUGCAUGAUAUCUAAUCAGUCCUGAGUAUUAUCUAUUAUUCCAUCUGAUGCAGUUACAUUUGAGAGCACGUACGCAGACACUUUAGGCAGAGUAAAGACGGACGGCCGUCUCACUCAUCAGGCAUGCUCUCUGUCAGGCUCACACGGGAUCCACACUUCAGAGCACCGACGCUUCACAUGUGCACUGAGAACAGUGACACUCCAAGGGUAGGCAGAUGAUGCCAGUCUGCUGCCAUUUCCUGUAACAUCUGCUGAACUGAGUGGGGAGGGGGGGGGGCGCCUGUCAGUAUCUGUCAGUGUAUACAGAGCAGAAGUGGAUCUGCUGAGACAGAAAAUUAACACCUGCCGGCUUUAAUCACAGUUACAAUAAAAGAUCUGCAUCUUUCAGGAUUUCUUGUUAUUUUAUGCAUUUCUAAUUUAGCUCCAUAUCUCACCUUGUAUCUCUGCUUCCUGCAGAAGCUGAUGCAGUUCUGGAUGGUGAGUUUGUUGGAGGUCUCACUGGCACCAGUCAGGGUGGGUGGGUCGCCGCUGUCUCUGAA